AUUUAACUCUCCACGACCUACUGAACCCAGAAGCCUUGAGGAGAGGUUUUGCUUAAACCAUUUGUAAAAUACAGAAGAAAUGCAGAGAUGGUGUGGAAAGUUUCCAUUUUGGGCUCUUUCUUCUUCGCCAAAUCUUCCAUCAAUAUCAUCUUCUCGUCGUCUUCUUUAUUCCGCUCCGCAGUUUCGUGAGCCACUUUCAUUUCCUUUUACCGAAACUGCUUUAAAGACGUUCUUUGGUUAUGCUUCUUCAAGGGCUCUUCCUCCAUUGUUGGAUGUAGGGUUUCGAUCUUCAUCUACUCAUUUUUUGUUGAAUCAAAGGCGUUACUUUUCGUCGAAGGAGCGGAAGAGAAAACCUGUCACUCCUGUUACUUUCAAGUUGAAGAAAAUUAAAAUCAAAUCCUUCUCGUAG